CAACAUAGUAGUAGUUUCAACUCCCUAUUUUUGCUCUUAUAUUCUUCAUUUUUAUUUUUGCAUUUCUUUUUAUACAAUGUCAACCACAAAUAAAUCUUUUAGAGUCCUCAUUACUAAUGACGAUGGCCCACCAAACGAAGAGGAAUCUCCUUUCAUUCUUUCUUUUAUCGAGUACCUAGAGAGUUUUGGCUGGGACGUUAAAGUGUGUUUGCCCAAUAGCCAAAAGUCAUGGAUUUCCAAGUCUUUUAUGAUCAAAGAUAGUAUUGAAGUGAGCUAUUAUAAUCGGAAGACUAGACAAAUUAACCACCACCAAAGUAGCCCCUCUGAUUUUGUUUUGCUGAGCGGCACACCAGCAACUUGUGUGAACAUUGCUCUGUACCAUAUAUUUAAGGAUGAAUCCUUUGAUCUCGUUCUUGCAGGACCUAAUUUUGGCCGAAACUCUUCAACGAUAUACACUCUUGCUUCUGGCACUAUUGGCGCUGCAAUGGAAGCUGUAUUAUGCGAUCAGAAAGCAAUUGCAUUAUCAUACUCUUUCUAUUCAAGAGACUUUAGCAAAUCCAAGAUAGACCAUGCAUGUGAAAUGGCAUUCAAGGUUAUAAAUCACCUGUGUAUUCUUGACGAAUGGCCUAAAAAUGGACUUUUCAAUGUGAAUGUUCCAUUGGUAGAGGAAGAGUGUCCUGUGCAUUUAACCACAUUUGCGCAGGCUAGCUACGGUAGUUUAUUUAAGCCCAUUGGAUUACCGGCUGCAAAUGUUGUAGAAGGAAGUGAGAAUGUGGAGCAGCAAGUCCGAAUGGAAGGGGAGGGUGAAUCUGGCAGACAGGUCUUUAGAUUCUUGCCAGAUUACAAGACCCUGAGUAUAUCCAAGACGCUAGAACCUGGGACGGAUGCUUGGGCAUUGGAAAAUCGGUUUAUAUCUGUGACACCUAUGCUUGCUUCGUUUGAACUUGCAAAACAGCCGAACGUAAACUAUAGAUUCGAGUCUUUGAAUAAACUAUGAUAGCUUAGUUCAUCGGCAUAUUCAGAUUAACUUU